GCAGUCGCCACCGCCUUCCCAGCAGCCUCGCCGGCCGUGGGCAGACCCGGAGCCAGACCAAGGGGGCGACCACCGUCCAGCGGAGGACGAGAAGGAGAACGCGAGGCCACACACCCGCCCGGACCUGCCCUUCUCCAGGCCCUCGCCCCUCGCCGGAAGGGACCUUUGAUGGAGCCCAGGGGAGGGGUCCGAGGAUUUACAGACUGUCGCAGGGUGGGCUAAAGGCUGAGGUCAUGUAACUACUUCCUUCUGUCCCUUUCUACACACCCCUCUUCUCUACCCCUUUUCUCUGCUCCACUGCCUCCCGCCCCCCUCCCCCCAUACACACCCUUCUUCCAGGAAGAAGGCGCUUUGCAAGGGUUAAAAGAUCUUUUCUUUCCCCUUCCUCGGUCCUUUAUUUCCCCACCUUUAUUCUCCCGAUUAGCUUUCCCUUUUUUGUGCAGCCCUUCGGCUGCAGAGGCAAAGCACAAGACCCUUGUCCAAGUUCACCUGUGAUCCCUUCCCCCCAUCCAACUGCUCUCUUAAAAGCAACACCGGUGCUUCUGGGGUUAAUUGCCCCAGUUUUCUGCCCAGGAGAAUUAAAACUUGUUCCCACCCCCUCUCCUUCCUACCUUACCUCCCCUCCCCAACCCCCCUCCCCCCCAAUCUCUGGCUACCUGAAGAAAUAAUCUUUUCCCUCUCACACAUACAGUCCUCAAUUCUUCAUUGAGCUAGUUUGCCCUAAUCCCAGCUCAGUCCACUCCAAAUUUGAUUUAUAAUCUUCCCCACCUUUUUAUAUACAAGAAGAAAGGUUGCCCAUUGUCUAUGAAUUUGAGAACAACCCAAUAAUCCUCUCCUGGGGAACUUUCUAACAAUUAGACCUACAUCUCAAGGCCCUAACAGACUAUCCUCAACAUUUCUUUUAUCCCCCUCCCUCUACCAGUGCCCCCAGGUCACAGGCAGAAAGGAGGCAGCCUGAGCAAAGCCUAAGGUUGGGGUGAGGUGGGGUGGAAGCAAGAGAAGCUUUUAUUGUUGGGCUUUCCAGGUAAAGUUCAGAAUCAGUGACUUGCAGUCUUCAGUCCUGGGGGUAAUUUAUUUGCUACUUGGAGGAACCAGUGAGAAAGCAGACUCCCGCAUAACACAGAUACUCUGUGGACCCCUCAAAACCAUCCUAGCUUCUGCAAAGACUUCAGCUGCCCCUCCCGGGCUCUCUGCUUCCACUGGGCACAUGCUGAUGCCCCUGAGUGGGCUGCUUUGGUGGUGGUGCUGCUGCUACUGCUGUGCCUGGUACCGCUUUGGACUGUGCACCCCAGCUCCCCAGAUGUUGCGCCACCAGGGUCUCCUCAAGUGCCGCUGCCGCAUGCUCUUCAAUGACCUGAAGGUUUUCCUACUUCGGCGCCCCCCUCCAGCACCCCUGCCCAUGCACGGAGACCCCCAGCCCCCAGGUUUGACCGCCAACAACAAUACCCUUCCGGCUCUGGGUGCCGGGGGGUGGGCAGGCUGGAGGGGCCCUCGAGAAGGGGUGGGCAGGGAGACCCCUCCUCUGCCACCUCCACCACCUUUGCCACCUUCUUCUGUGGAAGAUGACUGGGGUGUCCCAGCCACGGAGCCACCUGCCUCACUGCUCAGCAGUGCCUCCUCAAAUGACUUCUGUAAGGGGAAGGCUGAGGACUGCUACUCACUGGGCAGCAGCCUGGACAGUGGCAUGAGGACCCCGCUGUGCCGCAUCUGCUUCCAGGGGCCAGAACAGGGGGAGCUGCUGAGCCCGUGCCGCUGCGAUGGCUCCGUCAAGUGUACCCACCAGCCUUGCCUCAUCAAGUGGAUCAGCGAGCGUGGCUGCUGGAGCUGUGAGCUGUGCUACUACAAGUACCACGUCAUUGCCAUAAGCACAAAGAAUCCUCUGCAGUGGCAGGCCAUCUCUCUGACAGUCAUUGAGAAGGUGCAGAUUGCAGCCGCCAUCCUGGGUUCCCUCUUCCUCAUCGCCAGUAUCUCUUGGCUCAUCUGGUCAACCUUCAGUCCCUCGGCAAAAUGGCAGCGCCAAGACCUCCUCUUCCAGAUCUGCUACGGGAUGUACGGGUUCAUGGACGUGGUGUGCAUUGGUCUCAUCAUCCACGAGGGACCCUCCGUGUACCGCAUCUUUAAACGGUGGCAGGCUGUCAACCAGCAGUGGAAAGUGUUGAACUAUGACAAGACAAAAGACCUGGAGGAUCAAAAGUCAGGAGGCAGGACAAACCCCCGGACCUCCUCAUCCACUCAGGCCAAUGGCCUCUCCUCGGAAGAGGAGACUGCGGACACCCCUGCCCCCGAGGAAGGCCCUGCCCGGGCAGCCAGCCAGCCCUCAGGCCCUCCCUCUGAUCACCACUGUGCUUACACCAUCCUGCACAUCUUGAGUCACCUAAGACCUCAUGAACAGCGGAGCACCCAGGGCGGCAGCCGAGAGCUCGUCAUGAGGGUCACAACAGUGUGAAAGGAGUGCCUGGAAGGGCAGCCGUGACCAUGCACAACAGCGGAGGGUGGGCUGGGAAGGGGCUGGGCCCGAUGGGAUGCUGGUCUGGGGAGCAGGUGUGGGGAGGCCAGGUGGCUCCCCAGGCGCCAGAGCAGAGGGCAGGCAGAGGGUGGGGGGCUUUAAGGGGUCUGGGGGCAGGAUUAGAGCUGCAGUGAGUGAUGUUGGUGUGGUUUGUGGUUUCCAAUCAGUCAAUACCAUUCUCCAACAAGAGCAAGGAAAACCAAUACAAACUCAACAACAAAGUGCAAUACAGACUGAACCCAACAAAAUACAACAACACCGGGCACAACGUGUACCAUGGUCAAACACCUGGGGGAAGUGGAGGCUGCAGAGGGCAAGGCUGGCCUGGGGAUGGUGCCCACCUGUGCACGUGUGGAGGGAGAAGCAAUGCAAAGGGCACAGAAGGAAAAGCACCUGCAGCCUGCCCUGCUUUACCCUUGAGUUUGUUUUGGUUCCUCUCUGGGCCUGACCCACUGGCUGUUGGGGGAGGGAGAGGGCCGGGUGAGGACUGGCAGGGAUGGCAUUCAGUUUUUGCAGCCCCUGAGCUCACCGGAUGGGCAGGAUUUCUAACUCAGAUAGCUUUAGCGACUCUGGGUGGACCGUGUAGGGAGGGAGGUGUUGGUGUGAGCGGCCAGAGGGAGGGGGGAUUUUCCUCCUUUCCACACCUUCCAAAGUGGAACUCCCAAUUUCAGGUGGGCUCAACGAGGGCUUAAGUUUGGAGUUGGAUGUCUUUUUGUGCCCUUGUUACUUUAUUUUAUGGUGAUUUGGCUCAAAGAUGUUUACAGGACACACACACACACACACACACACACACACACACACACACACAAACUAGAGAAAAGUACAGAUUUCCCAUGGGCAUCUCAAGCACAGUCCUGCUGCUGUGGCUUCAGCCUUCAAAAGCUGUCAAUCCAGAAGUGACUUCCCUACUGCCCACCCACCCAUGGCCCACCUUGCUAGGCAUGUGCUGAAAGCUGCUACAGCGAGUGGGAGGGAGUUGGCUGGAUGUAUCCCAGCCAGUGGAGUGGAGUAAGACCAGUCUAAGUAUUCCUUGCUGCUGAGGACCCUCCCCGAGGGCAGUUUGGCUAAGCCCUCAGUGCUAGUGCUCCCUGGUCCUUCCCAAGCACCAAGGCUGGUCCAGGGACCCUGGCAGGGAGCACUGUCCCUUGAGCCUGCCCACUGGUUCCUGGGACCCUGUCAGGGAAGGCCACUGGGUGGCCACCUGCAGAGUUUCUUGUUGUCAUUGCACAAUGGCUGCAUCAUCCAUAGGUAUUCAAGGGACACUGUCAAAUACUUUUUUAAACCAGUUUUUAGGGUUUUUUAAAACUCUCUGUUGUUUGUAUUAUUCUCUUAAAAGCUUGAAAAUAAAAUUUCUUUCCCUA